GUCUGGAAUUGUUAAAACCAGUUUUACCUUUGUUAUAGAAUUUCGAACCUCCCUUCAUCACUACUGAGUAAUUCUAGCUGUUUAACAACAGAGCAGUUUGAAAAUGGAUGACGACGUGGAGGUCGAAGAUUUCGAGAUCACCGACCGCGACCUAAUGGAGGGUUUCGGUUUGGGAUUUAGAAGACACAGAAUGACAAGAGAAGAGGCGAUUUAUGGAAUGUGGGCUGAGAGAGACUCAGAUGAUGACGAAGGACCUCGUGGAUACUCGAAGAAAAGAAAGAAAGAUUACACCAAGCCACUGAAUUUUGUGAGUGGUGGGAUUGUUCAGAAAGGAAAAGAUAAGAACUUGGACGAUGAUGGUACGAAUUUAGUUACCGUAUUUUCAUUGUAUACUUAUAAUAACCUCUUAAAAAUACUGUUAGUUAUCUUGGUAAGAUUUCUGUAUAACCCUAUACAUUUAUUAUGCAUGCAGCAAUUUCACAAAUAGUUUUGAAACAUGUAUACAGUCAUGUAACUAUAUGAGGUUAUAUGGAAAUCUUACCAUUAUCUUUACCAACCAAGACUGAUACAACAAUAACAACUUUACAGACUUGGCAACCUAUAAAAGGCAAAAAAAUUGAGAUUCUGAACUUUGAGCCAGAAAAAGUAGUGAGAAAUGGGUAAAAAGUUCUGAGAUGUCCCAAAUUUCCUAGUCUAAUGACUUUCUGUGGGGAUCAUGGGUGUUGGAAGUCAGCUAGUGGAUUUUGCUAUCUUGCCUGAUGGGCAAGUGAAUUUUUUUGUGGAAUUCAAAUUACAGAAGAACUGUGAAAUCAAUCUGUUCAUCAAAACCUUUUUGGGGCUAGUUGAAAUGAUCUUUGGGCUAGUAAAUAUUAGCUUCAGCUUGCCCAAAUGCAAGCUAUAAAAAUGACUUUCUUUGCGCCCUGGGUAUUACGUCUUACUCACAAUAACAACAUUGUUUGAAUUUUUUUUGUCAGAUACAGCAAGCGUUGGCAGCAGUGCAAGUGAGAGAGGUCCUGGAUCAGGGAGAAGUUCUCCUGUUGUGAAAGACAAAAAGCUGUUUAAAAGCACAGGCAUCAAGAAAGAUGUCAGCUCACUGGGUUAGUUUACAAUGAUUAGAUUUAAUUUUGUAAUACAGUAGAACAACGUUAACUCAGACUCUGAAGGGAAAGAAAAAACAGUUCAAGUUAGCAGGGAAUUUGAGUUAUCAGGGUAAAUUUCACUGAAAUUUGAUCCGGGGAAAAGAAAUUUAGUUUAAGUUAGUGGGAUUUCGAGUUAUCUGAGUUCGAGUUAUCAAGGUUCCACUGUAGUUAGCAAUUCAUUUAGCAUGGAUUGAAAUGCACCAAUUACUGAUUAUGAGUCUUCAUAGCCAAUAGCAUCACGGCUUAACUGACAGACGACCAAUAACAUCGCAACGUAAUUGACCAAUCAGACCAAUAACCAGAGUAUAAUACCAUCAACUGACAUGAUACAACUCACUUUGACUCUGAAGAUGACUACCGCACAGGUUGUCGAAACGUCAGUCACUGUCAACAACAACAGUCCUAUUCAGGACUACGUUCACCCGGUCAAUCAAACUCAACCUACUUUUCAUUUAGCACUGUUGUAUUGAGAUUUGUGCAUGCCAGUAUACUUUACUACUCUCAAGCAGUUUGAUCAAUGAUACAUGUAGUAUGCAGAACUGGGAGUGUUGUUCUUGAAAGUUGUCAGUUGUACUUGUUAACUUGUUAUCUGAUACUCUACAGUUGGAAUGGUAUUAUUGAAACUUUUAACAACAAUAACAAUUUAUUAAGGUAGUUCCAAUGAGUUAUAUGGGCACAGUGUUAGGGUUGAAAUUUUUGUUGUCUUGUCUGGAUUAGGCUUACGUACAAAAUGUCUUAUUGCUUGCUUUAGUUAUUAGGUCCUUAGAGUGUAGACUGGCAUCUUUCUUGUAGUAACUACAUUGUAUUCAUUCACUGUGGUCAGGUUGGAUAAAAGUCAAUGUCACUUUAGGGUUGUGCUUUAGCGGCUCUCAGUGGCCCCAGGUGUAUCAUUUUUGCUCUUGUGUGACUAGGAAAUCUUAAGUUCGUUUUUUUUUAGAAAUAAAAAUCAAACACAGAGCACCCUGGGCCCAGUUGCUUAAUUUUCUGAUCUUACUCACUCUGCACUCAGCCAUGAAUUUAGUUCAUUAGGUAGUUGAAGGAAGCCUAUUAAUUUAAGUUUCAAGCUUUGUUAGCCUUAGUUGUCACAUUAAUUUUGUAAUUUAAUUACCAACCUUUGUUCACGUUGUAUAAGGUUUUGUGAGUGACUUAAUAAGUAAAUAAAUACAAAAAUACAAAAAAGUUGUUAGAAGGUCAAAUAGCACUAACCCAGGGUUAAAGUUUAUUUUAAUUUUCUCUAUUCUAUUUGGAACACCCUCUCUAAAAAUUGUAGACAAAGAGAAUUAAACUGAAUUUGCUUCUUAAGCUUUCAUAUCUGAAUUCAAAUUUAAUGCUAACCCUGGGUUAUCUUAACCUAGCAUUAAACAACCUGGCCCUGGAUUUUUUGAUCUCGAAAGCUCUGUCAUGGAAAGCCUAAGAUUCUGUUGUUGUUAUUUUAGGAACCAAUGAAACCUGGUUUUCACCAGUGACAGAGUGAAGUCAUAAGGCGAAGAGAAGAGUGUUUAUUAUGAUCUAGUGAAAACAACUUUCCAAUUCUGCUUAUGACUCUUGCUUGUGAUCUUGUGAAAACUAGGUUGCUGGAGUCGCAAACAUAAGCAGGCGCACUUAACCAAUCACAGAGUGUGAGAACAAGCUCUCUAAUUUAUUGGUUUAUUCUUCCUAUGCUGCUUCUGACUCCAACAAUCUGGUUUUCACUAGAUCGUAAGUGAUGGAAUCAUAAGUGCAGUCAGAAUAAUAUGGAAAUGCUCUGAGUCUUAUUCUGACUCUGAUUCCAUCACACUUAUAACUCCGCUUAGGACUAUCAUUUUUUAUUUCACUAGGCGUUCAGUCACUAGCACUCUUAAGACAUGUGCAUAUGACUCCUUCUCUACACGCAGCUCUUUCACUAGUGCAAACAAGCUUUAAUAGUGUCGUUUUUUUAUUAUUUUCAUAAUCACUGCACAAUAUCCCGGUAGGCAGUGCUGAUUUCAGGGAAUCUGUGCUCAGACAUAUUGUGGGAUGGUUUUUGUACACUUGUUCCAUUUGCUGAUUGGCUAUCAGGUGUUAACAUAUCGCACAGUAUACGUAAGUCAUGUUACUGUGAGUUAUGAUCGUAUGUGUGUGUGCUAUCAUCAGGCAUCAUCAGUGGAUGUGAACUAGUUAGAAACAGUGUUACAUGUAUGCUGUUCUUGUCUUUGGUUAAAAGCAUAUUAAUUCUAUUGAUUGUUUAUUUUUUAGGAUCACAAGCAUUUGCUAACAAAGUGCGCAAGGCUGGAAAGUAAGUUGUCUCUUAUAAUGCAGAAAAAUCCUUUUAAGUUACCAGUAUUGUGUAUAUGUUACAGGUCAAAAUUUAAUUCAGGUUAAAAAUUUUUAACCUUGAUUUUUAUUCCCAAUUUUAUUUGCCUCCUAGCCCUGAUUAUUCAUAUUGUAGGGUUUUGUAUAAUGAUUCUGUUUGGUCUUUUUAAUUUUCUUCGAAAAUAUUCUCUUAAUCAGUUUCUCUACUUUCUUAUAUUUUAUUUCUUUUUGUUUUUAUUUCAGGGACAUAGGUUCUUGGGAAAAACACACCAAAGGAAUUGGUAUGAAACUGCUUCAACAGGUACAGGGUACUUCUUGCCACUGUUUUGAGUAACACCAAGUUUGAUUUUGACCACAAUGUGCAUGAACACAGAUUACUGGCAUAAUGAAUGUUAAGUGUUCAACAAAAAGCUGAAUUUGUGAAUUAUGUGCAUUACACAAGAGGGUUUAUGAUGAUGUCUGAUGAUAAUAGAGGCACUGUUGCGACCAACAACAAUUAUCUGUCUUUGAAGGGCAUCUAUCUCAUAGAGAGUCAAAAAAUGAUGAAAAAUGGGUGGGACAAAGUCUAAGUGUCUUAAAAAGGUGCCCCCCCUAGUUGAAAGAGCAGCCAGUCUUUUGUGCCAGAGGUCGUGAGCUCACCUUGGCAUGGCUAGAUCACCUACUAGGGUCUUUAAAAAGUUCAAACUGUCAAUAAAAUCCAGCUGUGAUUGAAACCUUGUCUGAAGUGAGUUGAUUGCAUUAUUAGGUGGAGGCAGUUAACCAUUGACCUUGUUUCCCCCAUCCUAAUACGCGAUGUCCAUUGUACAAUAUUAAGAAGAGAACAGAAAAUAACCCAUUUCUCUGUUUGGAAAGAGAUGUAGCAGACAUUCACCCCAGUGUGAUUGACUUAGGCCAUUGUUGGACUGGGUGGGCAUAGAUUACACAUGUACGUGUGGGCUGAUCUCACCUGUCUAGUUCCUUUUUCAUUCAGCCCACUGUUAAAAGAAAGGAAGCUUGCCCUGGUUUCUCUUUAUGGUCGUUUUCUUAUAAUACUCCAGUACUGUAGAGGUAUCCAUCAAGAGACACUUGACUGUGUAGUCUUAACUUAGAAACUACAAGUGUUUACACUCAGUCUCAUUUUUUUGUAGAUGGGUUAUGAGCCAGGAAAAGGUUUAGGAAAAGAAGGCCAGGGUAUUGUGCUACCAGUAGAGGCUUUCAAGCGUGAAGGGCGUGGAGCUUUGGGAAGUUACGGUCCAGAAAGAACCAAGAAAGCUCAGGAGGUAAGGAGGGCUUGUGUGCAUAAUAUUAUUACUGUAAUUGUUAUUUUUGGCCUGUUUUCUAGUCCUGUCAUGACAGCUCUGGUAUUCAUCUUGCUUUGUCAUAAUAGUUUCAUAGAAACUAAAAUUUUUUUUGUUUACAAUAAUAACUGUUUUAAUAUUCUUUUAAUUUCACUCAGUUGCGGCCUCAUUAUGAUGAAGAAGAGGAGGAAGACGAGAAAUUCAGGGAACAACUUCAACAGUGGAAAAAGACAGAUGAGGUAAUACUGCCUUGAUGUCUUCAUGGUUAAUUUUGUCUUAUUAAUAUUGGCAAUAUCAAUCAAUUAUUUAAGGUUUUCACAUUUCUCCAGAGUGAAUGAUCUUUCAUGUUCAAGUGGUUUUUCAGUGUAAAAUUGAAAUCGAAUUAACUGUGAUAAAGAAAUCAUCUCUUGACCUUCCUUUCAUUUUACCCAGUCAGGACAACUGCAGCAGAUGUCUUUAAAAAGAAUCUGGUGAAUUUGUGCUAGUAACAAUUAUAGUUAAUACAUAAAAUGCAAGUAUGCCAAUAAGACCAGCCACAGAGUGAUGAUUUCUGAUUUUUGAAAUCUCUAGAUAUUGAUGUAAUUUUGUGAUUGUUCCAGGCAGUUAAGUUACAUUUAAUAUUCAAUCAGAUUAGUGAAGCAAGCCAGAGACCAGAAAUGUUGACUCAAUAUCUAAUUCAAGAACUCAGUUUUGCUGCAAGAAGCUUGUAUAUCUUUUAACACAGACAGAACGCCUAAUGUGCAAACUAACAUUAUCUAUGGGCUCUGGAAGGGUCAUGUCCUGACUUAGAAAGUUUUGCUCUGGAAGUAAAGGGUUGUUUUCACUGGUGACAAAGUAAGUGGAACAUGAGUGACAGAGUCAGAAGAAAUGGAAACGUUCUGAUUCUUCUGACUCUGUCCAGUUCUGUCAUGCUUACUCCAAUUUUUGAUUUUCACCAGGUCAUAAGCGCUCUUACAGCUGUGCUUAUGACUCCAACUCUGACUCUGUCACUAGUGAAAAUCAGCCUUAAGACAAGCUUGUAAAAAAAUUAGUAGCCUAUAAUUGUUGACAGUUUGUUUUUAGCACUCAAAACGUCAGCCAGUCAUAUUUGUGUGUUAAUUUGUGAGGGCAAAAGAUGAUUUAUUGGCUUUGGCUUUGGGAAGCAGCAUCUUCUGGUGCUUCAGGCAUCUCACAGCUUCACUACUCACCCUUUGCACUUGUACCAACCCCCUUACUUUGACGAUAAAUGAGAUGCUGCUUGCAGUUAAAAGAUUAGUUUCAAUCAAUCAAUCAAUCAAUCAAUCAAUCAAAGACUUAAUGUAACUUCAAAUUAGUUGAUGGGAAAAUUGCUAAUAUCUCCAAAAUUAUUCAUCAAAAUUAUUAGAAUACAUAAAUACAUAAAUUAUAUGUACGCAUAUAAAUAAAUAAAGACAUAAAAAUCAAAUGAGUAAAAAACUGAAAAUUGUGAGUAAAAUAAUUAAUUAAAAACAUGCACGUAUGUAGGAAUAAUUCCAAGAAAUUAAAAUUGCUCACAAAAAGAACAGCAUUCAUUAUCCAGUUGAACAGUUUUUAACCCAGUUUUAAAAGGUGGAAAGAGAAGCAGACACAUAUGUUAUCCGUUAAUGAGUUUCAUAAGUUGCGAGCAUGCUAUCAAAAUGAAAUAAAGACCAUACUUAGUUGUAUUUACUUAUUAUAAUAAAUAAAGAAGGUGACAUUCUUUGUAGCUAAUUCAUGUCUCAAUGGUUCUUCAUUUUUGAUUCUCAGGGCUACUCAAAGCCAAAAUAUGUUUACAAGACUGCAGAUGAAGUCAAGGUACAGUUUUCAGGGUAUAUUAAGUUCUGGAUGCUAUUCAAUGAUUCCAACUCACUUUAAAAAUUGAAGAAAAUGAUGUGCGUAUUGUAAGUACAUUACCCCCUUAAAUAAUGUGAGUUUUUUUUGCUGUCAAGAAAAAUAGCCAAAAAUAUCUUAUUCUGAAUCAUACAGGAUAUCUCUUUUGGAGUCAAAAUUCAACUCUUUUUUAUCUUGGUCUUGUUUGGUAAUUGAAGUUCUUUGAAAUUCACUCUUCGUUAUCUUGGUACUCUUGCACUUGAACCAUUCACUUUGAUUGGGAAAAUCAAAACUUAGGAGGAAAACUACUAAACAACGUUUGCCCACAAUAAUAUGGUGCCCCACAAAUGUGUCUAUGUCACAAGUUAAAGUUAAAUUCAGUUUAAGUUUUUUAUCCUAGGUUGAUUCUCUGUUUGCUAGCCCUAAUAUUCAUGAAUUAGGGCUAGGUAGCCUGCGAGCAAGCUCUCUCGUUUGGAUGAGUGAAGCGAGCCACGCGAGAACGCUUUCACGUCUCGUCUCGCGUGCCUCUCACGCUUUUACGUUUCAUGAUAUCCCCCAAAUGGAGAGCUUUUUUGCAGGCUAGGGCUAGGAGAAAAAAGAAACUGUGGAUCAACUUAGGUUAAAAAAUUUUAAUCCGGAUUUAAUUUUGACCUGUAACAUCUAUAAGACCUAUCUAUAAUUAAACCCUCCAGUCAUGGCAUGAUACAUGUGUUGAAAACUGUCAUAACAAACAAUUUUAUUUCUCCAAAAUAGCCAAAAAGUAUGAAGUAAUUAAUAUUUACAAAAAUAAUAACUUUGUGUAUUUCUGAAUUAAGGGCAAAAUGAUAAAAAUUCAUUAGACUAUUGAAAUUCAUGGAUUAUUAAUUUUAUGUCCUUUUUUACUUAAUAUUAAUGUUCUUUUAAGACAGUGUUUUUGGUGUGGCCUUUAAUAAAUUAAAGUUUGUUUAUUUGCUUUCAGGCCUCGGGAGGAAGCAAAAAAGGACCAUCCAUAUCUCUGAAACAUAGCAAGAUCAAGGUAAUUGUUUUUAAUUAUUGGCAGGCGAUUUUACUAUUGCAUUUUUUUGUACGACUCAAGCAUGUUUUCUGUGAUGUUUUGUUUUAGGUGGUGGACAUGACAGGACCUGAGACUAAAAUCCUGACUGGUUAUGGCUCCCUUGCUCAACAACAUGCCAAACCUGGAGAAGUGCCUCCGACCACAUUAGGUGAAUGAUGACUCCUACACUUUAUAGAGUAAAUAAUUAUUAAUCUAUUCGCCUUGGAAAAUAUUGCCAAAAAAACUUUGUUUGAGGCUUGUUGAGCUGUUUUCUGGUCAGUACCUGGCUGAAAAGAACCAAAACAGCCCAAACGUGUACAGGUUGAGCACUACACUGCAUCUAGUCUCUGAUGUUAAAUUGCAGCUUCUGAAGUUUUUGCAGUUUCAAUGGAAUUUUGUGGUUGACCUAAGAGGAGUUUUUGGCAAUUUUGACUGAGUUGUGCUCUUUUUUUGCUGAAUAAUGCUGAUGAAAGCUUGUUAAGCUGUCUUCUGGUCACUCUCUAGCCAAAAAGAACCAAAACAGCCCCAAAACGUUUACUACCUGUAGCUGAGCAUUUCACUGCCUCAUGUAACUUCCUGAUGCUGAAUUGUAGCUUCUGAAGUUUGAGCUUGUGCAGGAGGCAGAAUUUCUAAGGCUGUGUUCUAAGAAAUACAUUGUAUUGUAGGGUGCCUAGUGCUCUGAACCUGUGAAAUCCAGGGUGCCCAACAUAUGAUUUCUAUAUCAAAAAAUUAGUUUUCUAGUCACCCGUGAGCAAAAGUUAGGUGCCAGGGGCUACCGGGCGCUGCUAGAACACAGCGUGUUGAUUUCAUUGGAAUUUUGUAGUUGAGGUAAGGCGGCUUUUUUAGCAUUUUUCUCUGGCCUGUUUGACUGAGUGGUGUUCAUUUGUAUGUUUGGUUAAAAAGAUCUUUUCCUCUGCACAAGUUAAAAGUAAAGGCUGUCAUUGACCAUUAAAACUUAUGAGGUCACAAGUAGUAGAAAGAAUGAGCCUGGAUUCGCGCAAGAGGUUCCGUCGUGAAUAGGUUAAUAUAUUUUAAAAAUACGUAUAUCUGAUUUUUCCAUUUCUUUCUUUCCAAUUUAUUUAUUUAUUUAUUUAUUUAUUAUUUUCCCACAAUAAAGAUUACACAAGCAUUACAUUAUACAAAGAUGUGGCGAGGGGACCUCAGAAAACCACAAGGCUUGUACGAGGAGGCCCCCUCGUUACAAUAAUAUUAAGCAAUAGAACUAUAACAACACACAACAACGGACAGUACAAGACGCAUUAUCGAUAUAGUAGAAAAUCAAAAACUUUCGUUUUAAACGAUUGCAAUGUAAAAAUCGAAGUGACUGAGUUUGGUAAAGAAUUCCAAAUUUUAGGGCCUUGGAACAAAAUAGAAAAUUGUUUGGUGUUAGUUCGGCAGGCAUGAGAACGGAAAUGCGAGGAACUUCUAGUAUUAUAAUUAUGAAUAUUGCUACUAGUAACAAAAAGGUUCGAAAAAAGCGGUGGCAGUAAUUGAUGAUAAUAUGAAAACAUAAAUUGUGCAGUAUAGAAUGAAUUAAUGUUGUAUAUGUCCAAAAUCUUUAAACGGAAAAAUAAUGGUUCAGAGUGCGCGCGAAAAUCUGCAUUUGUAAUAAUUCGUACUGCUCGCUUUUGUAGAAGAAAAAUUCUAUUAAGGUUUGUUACAUAAGUGGAGGACCAAACUGUGGUACAAUAUGUUAAAUAAGGAUAAAUUAAGGUAUAAUAAAGAGACUUUUUUGUUGUUUCAGAAAGAAAGAAACGAGACCUAAACAUGACGCCAAUAGAUUUUGAAAUUUUCUUACAUAUAUAAGUAACUGAAAGGUGGGUGAAAAAAUCCCCUGGUGUCUCUCAGUAAAUUAUUAAUUCUUUUGCAUUCUGGUAACGAUGUGGCUAUUAUUGAUUUCAGUUCGAGAUACAGAGGCAGCGUUUUCCAUGCCUGAACUAACCUACAACUUGAAUCUGCUGAUUGAUAUGGCAGAGACGGAUAUUAUUCAAGCAGACAGACAGUAAGUUAUUGUUCAGUUAGUAUUGUUCUAUAGCCAUAAUGUAACUGUUUGUACAUUGUCCAUAUAUCUGUGGGGUGACAUCUAGACCAUUCACAAUCCCCCAUUUUUCCAUAAGAUCGUCGGGAUUGAUCAGCUACGUACCCUUACGGGUGGCCAUCUUGGCUUCAAAUGAUCAGAGUCUAGCUUGGGGCUGAGUGUUAAAUCUACUUAGGUAGUGGGGGACGGUACAUUCGCCUGUCCCCGCUUGCUCCCCCCUCUGUACAUUUGAAACCAAGAUAGCCACCUUAAACGCAAAACAAACGAUCUUGAAGAUCAUAAGAAAAUUAAAAUAGAUGACUGUGGACAGUCAAGAUGAGUUCCUGAUUGUUUUACAGACUUAAGUAUGAGCGAGAUCUCGUCGUGAAUCUUAAACAUGAGGAGGAGAAGCUUACAGCAGUGUUGGAGCGGGAAGAAAAGGACAUCAAAAGAUUAAUGGAUGUUAUCAAUAUGAUAGAUAGGUAAAUCAGUCUUAUUUGUUAAGCCCUAGUUUCAUGCCUUUGCUUCUCCUCUUUUUGUGCUUGGGUGUCAUCUACUUUUGAUCAUCUGUUAGGCCCUGUCCACACAUAUCCUGAUAUUUUGAAAACAUUGAUUUUUUUCUGCAUUUCAGUUUUCCAUUCACACAUAAACAGGCACCAAAAAUGCGGAUUUUUCAAGAACGGUCCUCAUAGUGGAGAUUUUUGAAAAUGCCAGCUUCUCGUUUACUUGUGAAAGGAUGAAAACGGAGGUUUUUGAAUACGAUGAUGUCAUACACCAUUACUAGUGGCAUUGCACAAGCUCUUUUGCUCUAACCUGAGAUUUGCUCUGUCCUAAGUGUUUUCUCACGUACACGCGAAAACAAGAAAGAGUUUAAGCUUCACUUAUACGGCAAACGGCAAACAUCAGAUUCAAGUUGAAAAUUUCUCAAAAUAGAAAAGCAGACAAAAACAGCUCAAAGCAAUUCUUAUGGAUAAAAAAAUGCGUGAAACUAAUUAAUUUAGGUGUAGAAAUAAUGAACAGUAAACGACAAGUAAAGAGGAAACUUGGUCACGUGGUACAACUUCGCGUUUGCCGUUUGACGUAAACGUAAUGCUUAACCUCCCUAAUGCAAAUACGCUACAUGCGGACGUGUAUUCUUUUGAAAACAGAGAAGAAAACCUCCAUUUUCAAAAGUAUUUGGAUUGUGUGGACAGAACCUUAGAUUCUUACUUCAGCCGUUCCAUCACACAGUGCUGAUUUUGGAAGAUCAAUGUGUGCAUUACAGAUCUUUGUGAAUCCUUCAUGUACAAUGUAACCCUGGCGCCUAUUAAAAUCCAUAAUAAAUUUAUUAUGAUGUUGUACAUGUGUUGGAAGUUAUAAGUAUACCUGUGUGAUGGUGCUGGGUGAUUGAGGGGGGAGUGGGGAGUGUGGGGGGGGGGGGUGGGGAUUGGGUGGCAUGGGCAUCUGCUUUGCAGGCCUUUUAUAGCUAGUAACUAAGGCUUUAUCCCAUUGAUAGGGCACCAGUUUCCAAGCUCAUUAGUGAAUGGGAGAUUUAGAGUGUUUAGAUGUUUAAUUAAGCGUUUGUACUUUGUAACCUUUGUUAUCUGACUAUCUGACAGGUGUCGACAAGAGUCAUUGUCACCAGAUGAUGAUACUCUUACACUUGACAAGUGUGAAGAAAUUUUUAAUACUUUGCAAGAAGAUUAUUACGAGGAAUUUAAGGUAAUACUAUCUUUUUGCUUUGGUAUACCAAACAUUAGUAUUCUGAUAGCCUUACACAAUGCUCAGGAUUAGCCUUGCUUUUUUGUUCAGCAUAACUUAUUAUGUUUUAUUUUAACAGAUGUACGACUUGGCAUCCCUUGCUGAACCGCUUGUUUUCUCUUUGGUAAGACGCAAAUCUGAGAUUAUUUACACCUCUUAUGUAACAUCGGGUGAACUGGAGAUUUCUACUAGUAUCGCAAAUAAGGAGAACUUUCUGGUCAUUCACAUCAAGUAUUUUUUGGCUUGAAACAACAUUUUUCACUACUUGCUACUCCCAUGACCUGAUACAUGAAUGUCAGCCAAUAAAACUGAAGAUUUUGCUAGGGGAUGGUAGUAGAAAUAUUACUUAUGUCAGUAGAUUCACUGAUCAACCAUUUCACGCACUCAGCUUGUAGUAUGAAGACAUUUAACCGCGCUAGGACUUGCUCAGUUGUUAGAGCACUCGACUGCCGAGAUGGAGGUCGCGGGUUAGAUUGCUGGGAUAGGAUCAAUAUUCAGGGAUCUUGAUAAAACAGAGAAAUGAAGGCAAGACUUUCACGUGGCUUACGUGAAAAAUAGUACUUUCGUGCUAAAUACAUGGACAGGUGCUUUUUUACUUGAAUGCUUUCACAUGGCACCGUUGGUUUGUUUUGAUGUUUAGUCAUUGAGCAGUACCCUUUUCAUCCAGUCAAGUUGGGGCACAUCAGUUCCUGGCUGAGAGAUCGCUAAUAAUCUAUUGAUAUUCCACACAAGGAGUCAUCGCGGUCCACCAAGUUGUAUUUAUUUAUUUAUUUAUUUAUCAGGAGCGUAUCGUCCAUAUACGCACAUACCCCCCUGCGUACAGCUGAAAUCUUGGAAAAGGAUAUUUUUUGUAUUCCUGAAUUCAAUGUUACCAUUUCGCGUUAUAUUGGUGUCUUUGUUUUUGUAUUUCCUUCAUCCUUUAUUAUUUUAUCAACGGACUACAAGAAACGUUACAGUGGGGCGACAGACGAGAGAUUGAUCUCUCUUGCAACUCUGCUCAUACGCAGGCACAAGGACGUUGAUACUGAUGACAAACUGUAACAGAGUUUGCUUCUCAGAAGGGUAGACGUCUCACCCUUUCCUUCUAACCUCUUCGCUGGGUCACUGUUUUACCUUUUGCCCCCUAAACAUUGCAUCUUACCGAUAACUUUAAGCCCCACUUAGGUAAUUAACUGGUUGACUGACUGAUUUGGUUUGAUUUUACCCGCAGCUGAGGAAACACUUCGAAGGGUGGCAACCUCUUGCUGAUCCAUCUCAUGGUUUUGAAGUCAUGAUACGAUGGCGAGAAAUACUGGAAAAGAAAGAAGCAGAAAACUCCGCCUUCACCCUUACGCUAGCACAAGGACUGAGUCAUGGUGAAGAGAAGUAUGUAAUCAGUAACAUGUUCUAUGAGCAUUCAAAAAAAACUUUUUGCUACAAGAACAGUGACCAUUCGUGGCUCAGCUCUAUCCCUUUUUUGAAGUGGAACGUUAAUACAGUGGAACAUUGAUAUAACGAACCUCUACAUAACGAAGUCCUCGGUAUAACAAACGAUUUUCUUAACCCCAGUAAUUGUUAAGCAUGUGGGAAGAACCUUGAUAUAACGAAACUUCGGUAUAGCGAACAAAUUUUGCCAAUCCCUUGGUCCUUCGUUAUUUCGAAGUUCCACUGUAGAUGAAGUGGAAUACUUUAGCGCUGAUGAUGUCAUAAUCUUGUUCUCUUGAAUAAAAUGCGAGGGAAUCUCAUUAACAUAAGGUCAUGUGAUAUUUGGACACUCGUCGUUAAGAUGUUGACCAAUUGGACUUUGUAUUUAUUGUUUUUAAGGAUGAAGAUGUAUGACCGACUCGUGUGGGAAGUGUGGAUGCCAUUCCUUCGCUCUGCUAUAUGGUAUGUUCUGUAUCUACAUUAGUUACCAUACAGCUGUACUUGUGAUAUUCAGUUGUCUGUUGAAAGCCAACAUAAAUAUCUACAUUGCACUGCAUCUCCCACAUGGGAUAAUUAUGCAGAGGAAAGAGUUAGCGGUUAUUCAGUCAUAUCAUAAGUAAGCUGAGCAUGAUCGUCCGGGUGAACGUAGUCCUGAAUAGGACUGUUGUUGUUGACAGUGACUGACGUUUCGACAACCUGUGCGGUAGUCAUCUUCAGAGUCAAAGUGAGUUGUAUCGCGUCAGUUGAUGGUAUUAUACUCUGGUUAUUGACCUGAUUAGACAAUUAAGUCGCGAUGUAGCAGUUUUCGUCUGCGUGUUUCAUAUUGUAAUGCAUAUUAUGUGUUGUAUUUAGUUCAUGGAAUUGUCGAAAUUAUGACCCAAUGGUCAGCCUUUUAAAUGUGUGGACCCCCGUCUUCCCUCAGUGGAUCACGGACAACAUCAGAGAUCAGCUGAUUAUACCGCGAAUACAGGUCAGAUAUAGACUGAUAUUAGUGGAGUUCUCGCGCGCAGCGGCGCACCAUGGGCAAGAAAAUUUGGUUUUCUAUGCUUCCACGAAAUUUUGGUUGGAGAAAACCGUCCGUACGUACCGCGACCGCGAUUUCUUCUGUUGGAAAAAUUUAUCACUUGUUUGCCCCCUGAAAAACCACGUGACAUUGCUUUUAUCCCAUCAGUCCUUAAGCGCGUGCAAAGAUGGCGGGUAACGUAAAUAAGGUCUAUUAAUGCUAUAUAUGUCAAGGACUUAAAGUUUAAUGUGGAAGAUUGUGAAGGGUACAUAUAUAGUGAUGUGCCGCAUAGCACCGGUAAACAAAUGAGGAAAAAGAAGAAUUCAAUUGACCACUCCAGAAAAUACCGUAACAUACCAUAAUGCUCUUUGUUUGUCACCCCAAAAUUUUGCAUAAGCAUUGUCUUCAGUUUCUAUUGGGAGUUAAAAUGACCCCAAGAGAAACUGAAAACAAUGCUUAUGCAAAAGUUGGGGGUUACAAACAAAGAGCAUUAUGGUAUGUUAUGGUAUUUUCUGGGAGAGGUUAAUUGCUUCUUAUAACCACAAACCUCGGCUGCCAUUUUUUUAAGCCCGUUUUCCUCUCCCUUGGAAUCAGUUUUUGGACUCGCUCCAACUCUCUGUCAGUUUCAACUUCCAGGAUGGCGGGAUUGCAUUAGUCUUAAGAAUAGUAUCAUCGCUUGCACGUCAAAAUACGCCUUCUUUGCACGCUAACGAAAUAACUGACCUAUUGCCCUAAAAUCUUCGAAAAUAAACAAAAUUACCACUAGCUUGAAGGAUAAAAACUGCUAUUUAUGAAGAAUAUUUGCUGGAAUAAACCUCCCUUCAUAUCCUGAAACGACCGAAGAACAGGCAAAUGUUUUGAGGACGAAAACCUUUUAAAGCAGUAAGAAUUAGCAUCCUCGUUUCCAGGGUCUUUUGGUGUUCUAAUAUGGCGGCGACAGGCCGAGAGAAGACCCUGGGAAUGAGGUUGACAUUUUGGCUCGGAAAAAGUUCGAAUUUAGCUAAACAACGCGUUGUUACGAACGCAAAGGUAAAAGUCUGCCAUGGUUACAAAACGCUUCUUUGUUUUUUAUGUUGUGUUGUGUUCAGGCAGAAGUAGAUUUGUGGGAUCCAUUAACAGACACUGUUCCAGUACAUGCUUGGAUUCAUCCAUGGCUUCCUCUAAUGGGUGAGGUUAUUAUUAUGAAUUGUGUAAAAUGCAGUGAUCCGUCAAGAAAGUAGCUGUAGUAAGUCCUUUUGCGUGGCGCUUGCGCGGACAAUUUUGACACUUACCACAAGUGAAAGAACUUUACAGGGGACAAAGUAAACUUCUAACAAUCAUACCACUGCCUAUAUAGAGAACGAAUAAUUUACGGGUGUAAGCGUGUCGGCGAAAGGUUAUUGUUCAAUAAAACAAAACUCGGGCCUAGUGUACGCUCACGUAUGGAUAUAUGAGUAGAACCAGCAUGCUAUCUUAGUGGAGAUCAAGGAAUCGAAAGCAACUCACAAAAGCUGUUGUAGUGUUUCCCUUGUGCGGUUCAUUAGUUUAGUAAUUUUUUGGGGGAAAUCAAUCGAUAAAUAAAACAGUUGAAGUUUUUAAGUACUGCUAUGUACCGGUCUUUCUCUGGACCCUUAUUUGAGCGUAAUGAAAAUUUUUGUCCAUUUUUAGGUGAACACCUUGAGCCCCUGUAUCAACCAAUCAGAUUCAAGCUAGCCUCUGCACUCACUAACUGGCAUCCCUCUGAUCCCUCAGCAAAGAUGAUCCUACAACCGUGGACCAAGGUACUUUUCGCAACUAGUUUGCUUUUUAAGUCUCAUCCUGCCAGCGGAGCCUUUCUUUCGCUCUCUCGAUUUUGACUGCCUCGUUCCCAGUCGCUCACGAUCACUUUUUUCUUGCGGGGGGGGGGGGGGGAAUUAGGGAGUUUCAGCAAAGACGUUUUUGAGCGACGCACGUCAACCGGAAGUGAGUCCUUUUCGCUUUCCAUAUGACGUGUUGCUACCAUAUUUGUAUUCGCAAGUGUGUUUUCUCUCGCAGAGACAAUUUGCCCGAAAAUUUGCUCAAAAGCACGCCCCAGGAUUGCAACACGUCCACUUCCGGUUGACGUGUGUCGCUUAAAAACGUGGUUGUUAAGAUCACCUAAUUAUUAAGGAAAGCGGGGUGUUCCCAUCAUCCCGCUCUCGUUUUUCUCUAACUCUCGCGCCACUCGCUUGUUCCGUGAAUCCCACAAACUUUGGGAAAGCCUAUGGAGGAGGCAGCGAUUUGGGCGUACUCGAGAAGGUCUCUGAAUGAGUCACGUUCUUUGUUGAGCGUGCGCAGCAUGUUGCUGGGAUAUAGUUUCGAACUAUUUUGCAAAAUAACAGUAUACACUUGUUUGCCUGUGUUAUUUCAUGAAACCUCUUUUCCAUAUUUUUAUCACUGCAUUUUUGUGAACAGGUUUUCUCCAAAGGAACCAUGGAUGCAUUCAUUCUUCGCUCAAUUUAUCCUAAACUGUCCCAGUGCCUUGCUGAGUUCAUCAUCAAUCCUCAUCAACAACACUUAGGUAUGAAACAACAAAAAUAUCAAUUCUCCUUGCUGAGUUUUACUUGUCGUUCACCAGUGCGGUAUGGUGUUCUUAUAAAGGGGCUCUGUCAAGGCUGCCCAGUUUAUUUUGUUUUUAAUGCCAUUUACGAGUCCUUGUUCGCUAUGAAACUUGAUAAAUUACCUGUGAAUGACAAAAUCACAUCUUUUGUGUCAAACAAAGUAUGUCUCCAAAGCAUCAUAUCAAUCGUUACAACAACCAUAAUGUACUUUGAAAACCUGUUGGGCUAAAAAAAAACCACAGUUUCAGUCCGUUUCAAUCUUCUUCAAGUUUGUCCAUCAGUGCCUCCUUUUAUAUUUGCCGUGUCGUUUAUACCUUCUUCUAAUUUUUUUGCGCCGUUAUUUAAUGUUUCACUCUGUUUUGUGGCAGUUUCCUCUCUUAGAACUAUGAUGAAUUUCGUGGCCCAGCUGAUGGUAACCAUGAUUCUCAGCACGUGUAGCCGGUUUAACCCUUUAAGUCCCAAUAGUGACCAACAACAAUUUUCUCCUAACAAUAUCCAUACACUGUCAAGAGAUAAAGUUAUGAGAAUUAAUGAAAUGAUCAUCAUAGAGAAAAUUCCAUGAUCUUUUCUCAAAUUCUCUCAACUAAUUCUUAAAGUAGAUGUAUGGAGAUCAGUUUGGAGAAUUUGUAUGUGGAUAUUGGGGCUUGAUAUCAUUUUGAUAUCGUAAAGAGAAAUCGUAUAUUGAUCCGUGUUGUGCUCGCUUGGUUUUCAGAACCUUUUCACUGGGUCAUGGAGUGGAAAGAUAUUAUAACACAACAACAUUUCGUCAGUUUGUUGGAGAAACACUUCUUUUCGCGAUGGAUUCAGGUUUGUUUUUUGACUAUGAUGCUGAAGUUGGUCAAUGGUGAAACAAAAUGGCUUACUAAUCUUAUUUUUUAUUUUGUCAGGUUCUGCGAGGUUGGCUGAGUGUCAGUCCUAAUUAUGAUGAAGUUAUCCAAUGGUAAAUGAAUUUCUUCUAUUUAGUUUUAGAUCUUAGAAAUUGAGAUCAAGAAUUGACAAUCGUAGACAUGUGGCUAAGGACUUGGUUGAUUGACCGUUUUCCAGAAAGAAAAAUAAACUAAAAAAUCACUCAUUUUGACGUUGAUGGGCUUUGUAAUAGCUAGAAAUCUGCUUUAAUUAUAAUAUCCCGAUGUAUGCAGCGUUUAAAUGGCUCAAAAAUCACGGUACAAGAGAUUUGCAACAAAACUUUUGCAUAUUCUUAAUCCGGAAUAUGAUCAAUCGAACGCACCUCAAGGCUCACUUCUUGAAUUUUUACUUUCUUGUAGUUCGAGUUAGAAGUCUAUUUCUGUCAAAUCCUUUCCCUUCACUUCGUUCUCAAGUUUUUGUUUUUCACCCGACGUGAAGACGAAAAACUGUUGAAGGAUCCAGGGAACAAGGUCUGCGUCGUCACGCCUACGACCUCUGCGCAUGCUCUCCUUCGCGUGAAUGAUUUCCUGGUGCAUGCCUCAGCAAAAUGACAAUGAUUGUGUCGCUUUUAAGUCUUAACUUUGUGUUCUCAUAUUUUGUGUUCAAGGUAUUCUGGCUGGAAGGGCAUGUUUAGUGAAGACCUACUCAAUAAUCCAAGCGUCAAAGGUUGGUCUUUGUUCCAACAUCUUAUGUGUGCAUUAUCACACCUUAAGUUUUAGGGUGCUUUCCAAAAGUCAGAACUGGUCGGCCGGACCCUUGCCGGACCACUCAUUUUGACAAUGAAAUAGGAUUUUUCCAAGAGUUUUUUUUAUGGACACCCAUCUCCUUUGUGCUUACCAUUUAAAAUUUGAUUGAUCUGACUGGACUGAUAGUUUUGAUUAAAAGUAAGAUCCUCAAUGCGACAAGAAUUGUCUAGCCAGUCAUUUCUGACAAAUGGAAAGCGCCCUUAGUUUUGAGUGGACUAUAAUCUUUAUUUUUCGUUCCAAGAGCGAUUUAGUUGAAAACAUUAGUCCUUUUGAUUUCCAGUGCACUUCAACCGAGCGCUUGACGUCAUGAACCAGGCUGUGACGUCACCAGGUGGUAUUCUUCAGCCAGGAGCCAAGGAGAAUAUUGCUUAUCUUACCAGCACUGAGAGAAGGUGAGUGGAUGAGUUUCAACUUAAGUUAUUAGCGAAACGUUGUGUAUCUGUAUUUGCUUUGGAUCCACAUUUCCUCGCUUUGCAAAACUGGCGCUCUUUUUCCUUGUCAUAAAAUAAAAUUGAUCGACGGAAUUGAUAAGGAUUUUCUGCGGGAACGCACUUUAUCGCGCUUGGCCCUUGUUAGUAUAGCUGUUAGAUAUGAGUACUUCAUUAAAGUAUCUCCUCUUUCGAUGACGCGCGUGAAUGCGUUGGUUUUGAUUUUAGACUACGCCGAUACACCCCUAAAAAAACCCCAAAAUACAAAGGAUUUACGAUUGUUCAUUGGACCGGAUGUGUUGAGUUUCUUCUUUAUGAUGUAUGAUGAUUUAAGCCUAACUCAAAACAUUGAAAGGAUCAAUUUGUGAAGAGAGGUGACGGCUCUCUAUUUUAACUCCCUUAUUCAUGAGAGCGCAACUAAGAAAAAGUGUAACGUCAGUUUUCUUGAACUUAAUUCUAAUAAAAAACGCCUUGAAUAACUUCCAAAUGAUGAGUAUUUCGAUUAGAAGAAAACCGGUGUCAACUCGGGGGGCAAAUGUCCCAUCCAUGAAGUGUAAAAGUGUAAAAGUUAAAAAAAAAACGCUUAAAAAGCCACAGUCAAACGCCGCUUUAGGGAUACCCGCUUGAAACAGACACCUCAUUUUGCUUUGUCCCUGGUGAAAGAAAGCCCCCAUUUCCUUAACUUCAACCCGCUUGAUACCGGGACACCCCGUUAAUACGGAGACUUUCCAUGGCCCCCUCAGUGUCGCGUGUUAACGUGGUUCGACUGUAUUGAGUAUUUCUAUAGAUCAUUCAUAGGAAUUCUCGCUAUGUAGUAAUUCAGAAGUUUCCAGAACCUAGAAAGCUUUCCACUUUGACUGACUCAUUUUUGAUAGUCCUGUGACAAAGUGAUGAUUGCUACGUUCUUUGGACGUAGAAUUUUGGGAAGCAAUUCACUGUGCACCUGUGGCGGCGCCUAUCCCCUUUCGUAAACAAGCGUUAGUCCUGUAAUGACCUCGUAGAACCCUGCAUGUUGUUGGACUUGUGACUCACUGUAUAUAUCACUAUAUUGUUGAUUAUUUUUCAUUUCAGAAGAGAAGCAGAAGCAGCGGCCUUGGCUGCAGCAGUUGAAAAACAAAAGGUACCAGCUUGGAGUUUUAUUCAGUUUACCAGUGUGCCUUACAUGUUCCUGAUCGCCCACAUGUUACCUGGGCAUAAAAUCAUAGCGUAGUCUUUCAUCAUAAUUAGUUUGUGUUUCUUUUUCUGACAAUGUCUUUUUCUUUCUUUUUAAUACUUUGUACGUUAUUUCUAAUGCAGUGGACUACAACUGUAGUUGGUAUGGUUCUUCUGUUCCCUACUUAGUCCUUCCCCGCUGCUCUCUAGCUUCGUGUCUGAUUUUAUUAACCUGUAUGCAGUUAAAAUGAGUUACAUUAAAUUACAUGUACCUUGAUCAGAGCUUUACUAGUUUGUGUUCUUAAAUUUUCCCUCCAGGCCGAAGCAGCUCGAAAUGUGGCCUCUCAGAACGUUCCCUCAAAUUUUAAAGACCUCAUACAGAAGUUGGUAAGUGUCCGACACACAGAUAUCCUGUUGUUAAUUUGUAAACAAUUUUUAAAAGAACUGCCUGCAUUUUGGAUUUCGGUAUGUAAUAUUUGUAGGUGGUACUGAAGUUAUAUUUUUGCUGAAAUGGAAAACAGCAAGAUUACUCUUGUCUGUUAUCGUUGUAACCAUUAUGACAAUUCCAAAAAUCUUGUUGAUCCGACGGCAGCACAGCCUUAAUUAUUCUGUGGCUCAGAGAAAAAACCUCGACAUUAACUGCAAAAAAAACGAAAACAAACAAACAAGCAAACGAAAAACAAAAACAAAAACAAACAGAAGAUUGGAUGGACCCUACACAGAUCCUCUUCGCAGAGGACGAACCAUUGGUCAAAGCAUGCAACGAGAGAGAGAGUAUAAGAGAACUCUCCAUCCAUAUCGGAGAAGGCCACGUGCAGUUGUCUCCAGUUCACUAGACCCCGCACAAGAGCAGAGGAGGAGUAGACAUCAUCACUUCUCCUUUGGUACACUUACAUCCCAAUAUGCUCACGGAAAAUCACAGACCCUCAGCUGUUUUCUCUGCAUACAGGAAUUGAAGUAUCCGAUCUGAAAUCCGCCUUGCGAGACCGCGUCUUGUGGGAGUCUAGGUGCGAAGCAUUCCGGCGCACGUCGAAGGACGAUGAUGAUUGGUGCACCGGCCUCGCCACGUGAUUUAAUUGGGUCAAAGCGGUAAAAUCGCGUUCUCUAGUAACUAAAAUCAUUUCUACGUCGACUGAAAAUAAUUUCGCUUCACAACCGUGUAGGCUGUCUUAUUCAUUCGGUGAGCGAUCGUCAUUUCUGUACGGGUUAAUUGCUCUGGGUUUUUAAAUUUCCUGAACUGCGUUUGUGGCCUUUGCUCGUCCAUUUGUUGUUGUUGUUUUUAAUUUUUUUUUAAUGUUCUGUUUCUUACUUUCCACAAGAAAACCAACUUUUCGUUGUCGUUUGUUUUUUAUAGGCUGAAGACAACAAUCUUUUAUUCAUGCCAAUCCCUAACAGGCGCUUUGAAGGAAAAGCUUUGUACUCUUUGGGGAAAGUGACUUUGUACAUCGAAAGAGGAGUUGUAUUUGUACACACACAAGGGGUCUGGAAACCAGUGUCUCUGCAAGAUCUGAUGAUGAUAGCGAAGUGAAAUUUAACGCUUACAACGUAAAAAAAUGAGAAAGUAGCCUCGUUUACUACGAAACGAAUUCACUUUGCCAUUUUUGGACAGUCGGAGAGAUCACGGUCAAAAGCAUUCACUGGAAAUGGCGGGAAGUUUUCACAAUAACUUCCCCGAAAGAUUCUUGGUGCCAUUGCGCUGGUGCGCAUGAGGGAGAAUGCGAAAAUUAACGAAAGCGAAAGCAAAAAACUACAAGCUAUUGGUCUAUGAGCCAAGAGAUCCAACGAUGAAGGAUUGUUAAUUCACUUUUCUCUUGCCAACAAACCAGGAGAAGUGUUGUUCUCUCUUCUUGGACAUUGCUGGUCUCGUGGAAAGUUGGCCAUUCACACGUGGUCAUCACUCGUAUCCGACAAGAAAGGACGAAGAACCUAAAGAAAACUAUAAUGAUACACCUACAGAAGCGUGAAACUUAAAAAAGAUGCUUGUCCUCCUACAGAAGGGGAUUGGCCUGGAAGGAAGAAACUGGACCGACGCUCGAAACCCCUGCGCUCGCUUCAAAAGUGAAAAUUAAACCUGGCUAGUAUUGCUUAGUAACUAUUAGCAGCCUAGCUGAAGUCAUUUGGCAAAAAAAGCAGAAAAAAUAGAGCUUCAAGCGGUUAACAACUAAAAGAUCGUUUUAUGACAAAACCGGAAAGCAGGAAAGACUAAAACAUGUUUUUUUUUAAGAAAAAAACUACGUUAUUUCACGUUGUCGUUGCUCGUUGAUGUAUCCAGACCGGUGUAUGGAGAGGACAAUUUAAUAAAACUGUUGCGUGGUUAAUUUACAAGUGUGGCUAUUGUUUUAGAGUCUGGAAAAAAAAAGCUACACUUGAAACGUUUUAUGAAAUUUAUCCCAGGUGGUUGCGUGGCGAGAGUUCGAAUGCCUGGUCGCCGUCACGACCAACGCAAGAAUAAGGCUUUUCUUCAGGGGCCGGAUUCGGGAACCCUACUUUGUGAAGAACUAAGGCCAUGUCCACACGAAUCUGGACAUUCUUGAAACCCGCAUACCCUUUAUCCGGCUUCGUGUGGACGGGGUCUUGAACGGCACUGAAGAGCGGUUUCAAAACAAUGCGGUUUUAGUGAUCGGAUUCACUGGUAUCAUGUAAAAAGUAUGCGGUUUCAAAAAUAUCCGGAUUCUUGUGGAC